AUGAUGAAAUUUGUGGUCCUUGCUUGUCUGAUUGCUGCUGGUAAGGAUUAUACUUAAGUGUUUUACUAAUAAGAACAGAACACCAUACAGUAUCCUAUUUCUCUUCCAUCUUCAGUUAGAAUAUUGUCAGAAUGCUAAAUUGCUAAACCUAUUGAAAGGCUUGUAUAAAGUGACAUUGCAAGUGAAAUACAUAAAUGUGGAUAGUGUAUUCAUUAAAAAAAUAGUAUUCAUUUCUAACAUAAUCAAAAUGACUGAAGUUCAAAAUGUGACUCAACAGUGUAUUGAUACUAUAGUAGUGCAUGCUAGAGAACACCAGUAGACUGAGGUUAUAUAUGAGAGUUUUGAGUGUGUUUGUGCCCUACAGUCUACGGGUGUGGCAUGCCCACCUUCCCUCCUGUGGUGACACGAGUGGUGGGAGGGGAGGACGUCAGGCCCAACAGCUGGCCCUGGCAGGUACUUUACGUUAACUCAAUGCAGAACAUACAUAGUGACUGUGAUAAAGCUAUCCAGUCCUCUCAGAUCUGCAUAAAGUACAUAGGGGGAAGAGGCUAGGCAUUGAUUUGGAAUUGGGCAGAUUUAAACAAUCAUAACAGCAAUGUAUCAAUACUAAUCAUAACUUGUCAGUCAUCAACAAUUGCUAUCAAACAUGUUCACAACCAUGUUAUAUCUUCUGCAAUCACUGAUUCUGAAUUCUCAUUCUUAUAUCAGUGAGAUAGAGAUUUUACCACAAUGAAACAAAGUGUAGGGGGCUUCAAAAUGGAGAAAUACUAACUAUUCUCUACUUUCCUUUGUAUUUAAGAUCUCUCUCCAGUAUGACAAGGAUGGCGAGUGGAGACACACUUGUGGUGGAACUCUGAUCUCCAGCGAGUGGGUCCUCACUGCUGCUCACUGCAUCAGGUAAGAGAGAGGACAGUAGAAUAAUAAUGUUUAAGAGAGGGGGCACUUGGUGGCAGUCAUGAUGAGCAGGAAAUAUAAAAUGGGCCACAGUUAUGUAUUCAACCUACAAUAAUAAUGUAGUGCUUCAAUUGAAUAUAUAUUUUUAGUAUUUUCUACUGAUAUCAAGAGCAUGCUAGAUAAUCAAAGUUUGACAGAUGAUUUGAAGUUUGGUGAAUUGGAUAUCCAGAGUCACUCCCUCUUACUGUGUUCUGUAUCUGUUCUCCUCCAUUAUCCUUGAGCAGUAGCAGGACCUACAGAGUGAACCUGGGAAAGCACAACCUGGCUGAGACUGAGGAGGGUUCUCUGGCUGUUGGUGUUGCCAAGAUCGUCGUCCACGAGAAAUGGAACCCCCUCUUCAUCCGGUAAAACCAAUGCUAACUUUGCUUUACAGUGGUACAGAUUAACUAGACACAUGGAUGGUAAACAAGAGUAACACAGGAAAGAUUGUAGUCUAUGACUGAAUAGAAAGUUCAUUAUUUUGGAAUGCUUUCUUAUGUAGGACUGUAGACUGUAGGGAUUACAUUUCACAAUUUUGAUUUGUAAUACAGUGUAAAAACGUACACUACAACCUUAAUAACUGAUUUCACUUUUCAGUUAGCAUACUUAUGCUAACUGCUAAUCAGAAGUCAACAUACAUCAUGUUGAUUGUUCUGUGUGUCUUCUGCAGUAAUGACAUUGCCCUGAUCAAACUGGAAACUCCCGUCACCUUCACUGACUCCAUCAUGGCUGCAUGUCUUCCCGAGGCUGGCUUCCUCCUGCCCCACAACGAGUCCUGCUAUGUCACCGGUUGGGGACGCACCGUCAGUGAGUGACUGCACCUCUUGCACCAUCCUCUCAUCAUGCAAAUUCAAAUGUGAACUUCAAACUAAGUGUUUGAUGGAGAUAAGACAUUGGGUUGUAAAACUGCAGCUAGUCAUAAAUGUUUAAACACCAUUUCCUAAAUCAGGGUGACGAGUGCUCUCUACUUAAAGAGUAGGACUUUAAAGAGAAUAUCUUUACCUGAGGUAACACGUUGUGUCGUGUUUUUCUUUCCUUAACAGCCGGAGGUGCCAUCCCUGACAUUCUGCAGCAGGCCCUCUUGCCCGUCGUUGACCACGCCACCUGCUCCCAGAAUGACUGGUGGGGCUUCCAGGUGAAGGACACCAUGGUGUGUGCUGGAGGAGAUGGCAUUGUGUCCGGAUGCAACGUAAGUUCCAUAGAGCACAUUUGCAACAGUGCCCCAUAACUAUGUGAUUAUGGAAGGCACAAGCACAUCAUUGCAAAAAACACAAUAAUGAGUGUUCAAAAGUGAUCAAAGUGACACUGGGUCAUCCAACAUGAAGAGAGGGCAACAAAUGGCCCUAGGGCCGCAAGUUUUAGACCCCUAGUCUAGCGGAAGAUAGUGCUGUACUGAACUUGUUUGAAUUUCUGGUUUUGUCCUUUGACACAGGGUGACUCUGGUGGCCCCCUGAACUGCCAGAAUGCUGAUGGAGCCUGGGAGGUCCAUGGUAUUGUGAGCUUUGGCUCUGGGCUGAGUUGCAACUUCCCCAAGAAGCCUACUGUCUUCACCCAAGUCAGCUCCUACAUGGACUGGAUCAACACUGUAAGUGCAUUCAGCUACACAUUGGAACACUUUGCCUAGAGCUGUUAUUCCACAACCAAACUUUUAGUCGACAACCAAAUUUGAAUCCACAAUGAUUUAGAUGUAAAAGGUGCCAUGGUAAAAAUGUGUCUGCAAAACUUUCACAGAGCGAAAGAGAAUUUGACAAUUUUGUUGAUAUUUCGAGUCAAGCUGCAUGAUGGAACAAUUAAGAGACUUUUAAUCUUUGUUUUACAGUAUCUACAGUAUAACUAGAGAUGUUGUACAGUACACAUUAAUCAGGAUGAGGGCACAUCUAAUGUUUUUCCUUCUCAUAUUUUCCACAGGCCAUGAUGAGCAACUAAGGCAACAGAGCUACUUGUUGGGAAUCCACUAUCACCAUGUGGAAGUUCUGCUCGUAAAUAA